CACUGGCGCCACACGCGAGAUGCUGCCAGCGCUGACUAGUUCCGCCCGUCGCCAGCGGAAGUCAGUCUCCUCUCACUGGGCUGAUGGCGGCAGAAGAUGGGCAGCGGGAGAAGCUGAGCGCGGAAGAGGCUCAUGCCGAGGACCCGGUGUUGUCUCUGCAGGAUGUGCUGGAGGAGGACGAUGCCCUGGAGAGUGAGGCCAGCGCCGUGCUGGCGGGGAGCGACGCCGAGAAGUGCUCUUACCCCGAGAACUAUGUGAAGAGACAAGCCUUGUAUGCGUGUAGCACAUGCACCCCAAAUAAAGAAGAGCCUGCCGGCAUUUGCUUAGCGUGUUCCUACACGUGUCACGAAGGCCAUGAUCUGUUUGAGCUCUAUACAAAGAGGAACUUUCGCUGCGACUGUGGAAAUGACAAAUUUAAAAACUUAAAGUGCAAAUUAUUUCCAGAGAAGGAGAAAGUUAACAUCGAUAAUAAAUACAAUGAAAACUUCUUUGGUCUGUACUGCACUUGCAAAAGGCCUUACCCUGACCCAGAAGAUGAGACCCCGGAUGAGAUGAUUCAGUGCAUUGUUUGUGAAGACUGGUUCCAUGGACGGCAUCUUGGGGAAAGUCCACCGGAGCACGUGGAGAGUCUGGAGAUGGUGUGUCCGGGCUGUACACAGAGAUGUUCCUUUCUCAGGGCUUACUGUACUAAGAUAGGAGUUCCUGGCUUCACUAAGAUCGUCCCAGCAGAUAAGGACCUGGAGGACAUUAAAGUUGAUGAUGAUCCAGUGGAAAUAAGCAAUGUCCUGAACCGUCCAGAUAUAAAAAGAGAAGAGGAGACUGCAGGAGUGGCCAAUCCACAGGAUGUAAAGGAGGAGAAGCAGAGUUCCCCAUCCAGCAGUGCCAGCUGUAACCAGAAAUAUGAGGAAGGGUCCUGCUCCAUUAAGAAGGAAGAAGUUAAACCCAGCACAGCAUGCCAACUUCGGGAGUACCAAGACCACCAGGGACCUACAAAAGACACUGCCACCUACUGGCCGGGCAACUGGCGCAGAAAGCUCUGCCGCUGUGAGGAAUGCAUGAAAAUGUAUGUAGAGUUAGACGUCCUCUUCCUGUUGGAUGAAAGCGACACAGUGCAGGCUUAUGAAAAUAAGGGGAAACUGGAGGAAGCACGAGAAACCAGAGACCCCCUAAUGACAGCUCUUGGCAAUAUGAACCGUAUCCAGCAGGUGGAGCUCAUCUGUGAAUAUAAUGACCUAAAGUCGGAGUUAAGCGAGUAUCUUAAGAAAUUUGCUGAGGAGGGGAAGGUUGUCCAAACACAAGACAUUCAGACGUUUUUUGAAGACCUGCGUUCCAGGAAGCGAAGGCGACUGGACAGAAUGCAGUAUUACUGUAGUUAACAGCAUUUAUAUGUUUCUGCAAUGAUUCCAACUUGUUCUAGUAACACUGAGGUUUUUAUAGCAGCCUCCUCUUUCAUAGUUCUUUGAGGAAAUGUAUGCAUUAUCAUAUCACCACUAGUCGUCCAUAGUGUAAAGGGGCAACUGCCAGUAUCGCCAUCCAUCUGUUCUGCGUAUUAGGAUUAAUUGAUUAUACUCUGUUCCAGUUUAUUACUGUAACGUUUCAUUUUUUAUUAUUCAUGAGCUUGCAGCUGGUUUUAUCACGAGGAAAAUUAAAUAUCUUGAAAUUUUA